AUGACUAUUCAGAUGCGUGCAGCGUCAUGGGUGGACUGCAAGACUGGCAAAGACAGACCGACGAUCCAAGGGAAAUCUCUUGGGAAUAUCAUCGCGACGCAACUGCGUCACGCCGUCGCUGAAUCAUACGAGGAUGCGGUCUUUAGACGGUUCGGAAAUAGCCAAGCAAUUUGCCACGGCCGAGAACCGGGUUUCAUGUCCAGUCUCUUCAUCGCCUUCAACAAACUCACGGGUGAACGGCAACGGGUGACGCUCGCACCAUUUACGAGGGCCAUCAUGGUGUAUACCGCGGACGUCGAUCAGCGCGACUGGGACGAGUACUCGGAACGACGUACCUACGCACUGAACCACCCACGAUCGCACGCGGGAUGA